AUGACUUCAACAGUUUCUUCUAUAUUUAGUACGAACGAUAUUUCAAAUCAUCAUAAAUUCAUUGAUGAUGAUAAUCUUUAUGAAUUAUUUUCAUCAUCACUUCCAAAAAAUACUCCAUUAUUUACAUCAGUAUUCAAUAAUUGUUAUAAAAGAGCACUUGAAUCAUUAAAUACUCAUCUGGGAGAAAUUGAUAUCAAACCUACAUUAUCUUUAACAACACAUGUAUCAUCUUAUAAUGUAACAGAAGAGGAUUUUGAUGCAACAGUUUUUCCUGAUCGUUCAUUAACACCAUCAUCGACAACAAUAUGUCAAUGGCGACAUGAACAAUUUUUAAAUGAUAAAUUUCUUCAACUAUUAAUUCCACUUGUUGCUGAAAGUAUGCAUUCAAUAGUAUUACAUUGGAUUGAACUUGAAUUAAGUAACGAAGAAGAACGACAAAGGAAAAAUGAUAUAAUAAAAAAUGAUUUAAAAAACAAAAUUUAUGAAUUAAAAACAAUUGAAAACUCAAUAAGUGAAUUAAAAUCAAUGAAAAUUUCACUAAAUGAAUUGAAACCAAUGAGAAAUUCAGUAAAAAAUAAGAGAUUAAUUGAAAAAAUCUCAAUAAAUAUUAACAAAUUAAUCGAAAAAAUUUCAGUAAAUGUUAAUAGAUUAUAUGCAAUGAGUGAAAAUUCGAAAGAUAUUUUAAUUGAACAAGUUGACUGGAAAUUAAUUGGAACAAAAAUGAGAAGUGAAGGUGGUUUUAAAUAUUUUGAUGAAAAUUCAUUAAAACGUAUGUGGAUACAUCGUUGUCAAUAUGGUCCAAAUAAUUCAUGGUCAGAUAAUGAUGAUGAAAUUUUAAAUCAAUUAGUUGAACAAUAUGGAUAUGGAAAAUGGAUAGAAAUUGCUCAACAUGAAAUUUUUCAAAAAAAGAAAAAAUCAGCAUUUAUGUGUGCACAACGUUAUAUGACAAAAACGAAUAAAUUACAUGCAAAAACACGUUUUACAAAACCUGAAAAAGAACUUCUCUUAUCAAUAUACAAACAUCGUUGUUCAGUAAUGAAAGAUUAUCGUUUUUGCCUUUCUUAUGCUGCUUAUCGAAUGGGUGAUCGUUGUAUACGUGAAAUAACUCAUGCAUGGACAUAUCUUAAUCCAGAUAUUCAAAAAGGUUCAUUUUCACCAGAAGAAGAUGCUAUUUUACUUCAACAUGUUACUCAGACAACAUCUGUUUGUUGGUCAACAGUAGCCAGUACACAUUUACCUAGUCGAUCAGCUGUUCAAUGUCGACAACGAUAUUUUCAAUUAAUUAAACCUCGAUCAACACAGAAAACAAAAAAAACACACGAAAAAAUCAAUAAAUCUCGAGUAGCAAAUCAUAUUCAAUGGCUUCAAAAGCAACCAAUUUAUGUUAAAAAUUUCUUUGAACAAUUUUAUACGAAAUCUCGUUUAACUCGUCUCCAAAAAUCAAUAAUUGAAAUGAAUUCAAAUAAAAUACAAUCAUUAAUGGAAUUAUUUUGUAAUAAUCCAGAUCAACCUACUAAAUGUUUAACAUUAAGAGAAUUAAUUCUUGAACUUAAUACACCAACGGUGACAGUAGAAACAAUUUAUACUAAAUUUGUGAAUAUCCUGCGAUAA